GUUUCUUCUUCUUAAUCAUGCAGAUGAUGAAAGUUUGCAACGUUCUACUUAUAAAGUCGAAGAUACUUCGGAUCCAGGCUUAUACUCGAAUAUAGAAAUUACUCAGGUUAUUGAUAAAUCUAGCUAUCUUGAUAAUUACUAUUCACAUAUUCUCUCAUCCGUAGCAGCUGUAUUCUUUUGGACCAAUGGACGAUGGGAUCAAUUAGACCAAUGGGAUAAUUAUUCU